AGCGAAGGACCAGCUCCCGGCCGCGAGCCCGGCGCUCGGAGCGCGCGCUGGCGAAGGGGGCGGGGCGACUCGAGGCGCCACCUUUUAAGCUUCACGGGCGGAGCUGUUGCUCGGGGCGGUGUUUAAACAUGUCGCGCCUGAAGGGAGUAGCGAGGCAGGAUCCCCGAGCGGGUUUCAGAGCUGACUCGAGGGACGGCGGUACCUGCGUCCCGCAGGGGCUGUUAAAGGCGGCGAGGAAGAGCGGCCAGUUAAACCUGUCGGGUAGGAACCUCAGUGAAGUGCCUCAGUGUGUCUGGAGAAUAAAUGUUGAUAUCCCCGAGGAAGCUAAUCAGAAUCUUACAUUCGGUGCUACCGAGCGAUGGUGGGAGCAGACAGAUUUGACCAAACUAAUUAUAUCAAACAAUAAACUCCAGUCACUUACAGAUGACCUCCGACUCCUGCCUGCAUUGACUGUUCUUGAUAUACAUGAUAAUCAGCUGGCAUCCCUUCCUCCUGCUAUAGGAGAACUAGAAAAUCUUCAGAAACUUAAUGUCAGCCAUAACAAGCUGAAAAUACUCCCUGGAGAGAUUGCCAACCUGAGGAACCUGAAGGGCCUGUAUCUCCAGCAUAAUGAACUCUCUUGCAUAUCAGAGGGAUUUGAACAACUUUCCAGCUUAGAAGAUUUAGUAAGUUGUGAUUUUCCAAUUUUUACAUAUUUAACUGUAAUUGAACAUAAAAAAUUAAUUUACGUUUAUUUAGUUCAGUGGUACUUGAGUAUUCUUCAUUAUUGUAAUGGUAUACGAUACCACAGGUUCUUAAGUCCUUGUGGUGACUUCUCACACAUUCUUAGAAAGUGUAUACAAUCAGAAGUUAAUAUUUUUGGUUUUCAUUGCAUAUAUAUUACAGGACUAAAGCACUUGGACUGUAGUUCAAAUCUCUUGGAAGCUAUACCUCCUGAACUAGCUGGCAUGGAAUCACUGGAAUUGGUUUAUUUGUGGAGGAAUAAAUUACGUUUUCUACCAGAAUUUCCUUCUUGUAGGCUACUGAAGGAAUUGCACAUAGGUGAAAACCAGAUUGAAGUGUUAAAGGCAGAGCACCUGAAGCAUCUGAAUUCUAUUCUUGUGCUAGACCUGAGGGAUAACAAGUUAAAAUCUGUUCCAGAUGAAAUUACACUAUUACAGUCUUUGGAAAGGCUUGACCUAAGCAACAAUGAUAUUAGUAGUCUGCCUUAUUCAUUGGGAAACCUUCAUUUGAAAUUCCUAGCACUAGAAGGAAAUCCUUUAAGAACCAUUAGAAGAGAAAUUAUAAAUAAAGGAACCCAAGAAGUCCUAAAAUAUUUACGAAGCAAGAUCAAAGAUGAUGGACCUAGCCAGAGUGACUCUGUCACUGAGACUGCAAUGACACUGCCAAGUGAAUCCAGGGUCAAUGUACACGCCAUUGUCACAUUAAAAACAUUAGACUACAGUGAUAAACAAACCCCAUCGAUUCCUGAUGAAGUUUUUGAUGCAGUGAAGAGUAACAUCAUCACUACUGUCAACUUCAGUAAGAACCAGCUGGGUGAUGUUCCCAAAAGGAUUAUUGAACUAAAGGAAAUGGUUUCUGAUGUUAAUCUCAGUUUUAAUAAGCUUUCCUUUGUGUCCUUGGAGUUAUGUAUGCUUCAAAAACUGACAUUUUUGGAUCUCAGGUAUUUAUUGAUACCAUUGCUUGCCUUUUAAAACAAUUAUAACUUGUCCUUGAGUGAGCAGGAGACCAGCCUGAGCAAGAGUGUGACCCUGUCUCUAAAUAUAAACAGGUUCAAAGUGCUGCCUGAAGUUCUAUAUCGUAUCCUUACACUUGAAACAGUUCUGAUUAGUAACAAUCAGAUUGGAUCUGUGGACCCUCAGAAAAUGAAGACCAUGGAAAAUCUGACCACACUGGACCUUCAGAAUAAUGACCUCCUACACAUUCCACCUGAACUUGGCAAUUGUGUGAACUUGAGAACAUUACUACUGGAUGGAAACCCAUUCCGUGUCCCUCGAGCAGCCAUACUUAUGAAAGGAACUGCUGCUGUCCUGGAAUAUUUGAGAGACCGAAUUCCUACUUAAAUUGGAGUCAUUUCUUAAUUCUGGUCAUGUUGAUUCUUAAAAGAAUAUAACGUUUUGUUUUAGUAUUAUCUUAACAAUGAUUGCUAUCAUUGAUCUUAAAGUUUCCUGGUAUCACCUAGCCAUUUAUAUAACCGGCCUGCGCCACGUUCACUGCCACUAAAUAUUUUUACAUUGAUGACGAUUUAACAUUUUGUACGGUGUUGUCUAUGAUAUGUGCUCCACAUAGCAUGCUCAUAAAUUUGUGACGAAUGUUUUACAUAGGUUUUAUCCCAUUCACUUUCAUUUCUUAUAGCAAGCAGUUUCUUCAAAAGUUAAUUUUUAUUUAAUGUGACUUAAUGUUUUUAU